AUGAUGAUGAUGAUGAUGACGCCUCCUCCUCCUCCUCAGCAGCCGCCGCCGCAGCAGCAGCAUCACGAACUGACCUCGCUCUUCGAGUGCCCCGUCUGCUUCGACUAUGUGCUGCCGCCCAUCCUCCAGUGCCAGGCCGGGCACCUGGUCUGCAACCAAUGCCGGCAGAAGCUGAGCCUCUGCCCCACGUGUCGGGGCUCCCUCACCCCCAGCAUCCGGAAUUUGGCCAUGGAGAAGGUGGCCUCGGCCGUGCUCUUCCCCUGCAAGUACGCCACAACAGGCUGCUCUCUGACACUCCACCACACAGAAAAGCCAGAGCAUGAAGACGUCUGCGAGUACCGGCCCUACUCCUGCCCCUGCCCUGGUGCCUCCUGCAAGUGGCAGGGAUCCCUGGAAGCCGUGAUGUCCCACCUCAUGCACGCCCACAAAAGCAUCACCACCCUUCAGGGAGAAGACAUCGUUUUUCUCGCCACAGACAUUAACCUUCCGGGGGCGGUGGACUGGGUGAUGAUGCAGUCGUGCUUCGGCCACCACUUCAUGCUAGUGCUGGAGAAACAAGAGAAGUAUGAGGGUCACCAGCAGUUUUUUGCCAUCGUGCUGCUCAUCGGCACCCGUAAGCAAGCGGAGAACUUUGCGUACAGACUGGAGCUGAACGGCAACCGCCGCCGGCUGACCUGGGAGGCGACACCACGCUCCAUCCACGACGGGGUGUCCGCAGCCAUCCUCAACAGCGACUGCCUGGUUUUUGACACGGCGAUAGCACACCUCUUUGCUGACAACGGAAACCUCGGCAUUAACGUGACUAUUUCUACGUGUUGUCCGUGACGUGUUUGCGUAGCUAGUGAAACCUGGGCAGUCUGGACAGAGUGCUUCACCUUCACCAAGGGUUUUCUUUCUGUUCUGUUUUUUUUAAUGAUAUUCAACUAUGUCAUCGUGUAUGCUAAGGUUCCUAACUAGCCAACAUUUUUAACUUUGGAGAGAGGAACAAGAGUGUCCUGUAAGUCAUACGAGUGGGAAAAAGUCUUUUUAAAUUCUUGGGUGCCUUAGGAAGAUUCCCCCCACAGUCACCUUUUUAAAUUUAAUUAUGUUUUAUUUAAAGAGUGCUUCCAUUAGACAUGUGGCUUAAGAGACCUGAAGGACUGCAUUCCUGUUUGGAACACAGCCCUUUCAGCAGGAACACAGACUGUCUCUCUCAUUGGUGAGCUUUAAUAACAGUUUUUAAUAGACAGGAAAGAAAUCCAAGCAACCUCUCUCAAGAGAAGUUGUGACUCAAAGGGGAACAAUAGGUACUUCAGUGCUGAUAAUCCAUUUCCUGCUACCUUGUUAAAAAGGAGUGGGCAUCGGAUCAUUUGCUGUUUUAAAAGAAAACAGGGGAGGAGGGGCUGGGGGAAGGCACGGCAGGUUUCAGGGAGCCCAGCACAGGGCGGGCAGAGGGGGGAGCAGGAGGCACAGCUCUCCCGCAUCUCCAAGGCCAGAGCCAGUACUACAGAAACACACUCGAGCUGUCCACGCACAGCUGCCCUUGGAGACAUACUUGACUAUUGUAAGAGACUAAUAAUAUAGCAAGAGCUUUAUGGCCAGUGUCGCGUCAGUUGCUAUUUAAGUUUUGUUGCCAUAUUUACUUUUAUUUUGUAAUAAAUAUUUUGCAAAAACUACACUGCAUAGCAGUCACAGCGGCUUCCCGGUUGCUUUUUGGAUGUGCUGGGCUUUCCCUGGGCAGGGGGCAGGGGCUGGCUGCCCUGGGCAAAGGGUAGGACCUGAGGGGAGCUGCCCCCGCCCAGCCCUGUUGCCGAUGGGUGCUGGGGGUGGGUGCUUCCCAGCAGGGGAACCGGGUGGGGAUUUGCGUCCCAGGGCCCACCGAGACAGCCCGACUCGUCUGUCACCGAAGCUGAAUCUGCCUGCAGGUCCCUCUCUGCAACCAGAGCCUUCUGCCUGAAUCGCUCAAGAAAACACCAGCUCACAGAUGGCUUUGCUGAAUAUUGAGCUGUUUGCCUUUUGGAAGAGGCAGUGAGUUGUGAGGUGAUAGAAUCUGCUGAGUUACUCAGCGGUAGGAAGCCUCACAGUAGUGGAAAACUACAUGUAAAGUGACAGGUGAAGCUUGGUGUGAAUAAAUGUAACAUAGGGAGUAAAACCCAUCCUAACGGCAGCCCUCCAGGGAAGAGCUCCUUGGAGUUACGCCAGUCCCACGCAAACCUCGCCCCGUGCCUGGUAGCUCUCCCCAGAGAAGCACACGAGAACGACAAGGAGCGCAGCAGCAAAGGGAGCUUGUUCUAGCCCUGAGAAUUUGGAAGUGGCCAUGGAAAAAAACCUCCCAAGGAAUUACCGGUCUUUUCGUAUCCAGUUCCUAUGAAGAUCCCACAUUUGAUCUCUGUCCGCCGUGCUGGCAGAAUGCCAGUGGCAUUAGCCAGUGAACUCAUUUGCUCCUGCUUAAGCAGGAUCAAAGUCGAGCUGGGGCUCUGGCAGGUGUUAAGACCAGUGCUUUCGGCAGAACUUGUUAAGCAAGAAUUCCUACAGAUUUGAUUAAUUUCCCCAUGUUUCAGCAACAUGAAUAUCAGAAGAUAAUUUUUCUUACUAACAGUUGGGGCAUAAGAGGUUUUUGUGUAAAGCAAAACUCUGAAGCGUGUCUUUGAUUAUAGCGGGAUUAAUGAAAUUAAUUACUCCAAUGUUGCCUAUAACCCACAUCAAGUAAGUUAACACACAUUAUUUCAUUAGGUCUUUCCACUCAAUUCAGCGCUAAAGGAAUGGCAAACUUUGGUUAUACCUCACAGCAAAAAAAACCAAAACCCAACACCCAGUAUCUUUUCUAACUGAAACUGAAUUCAAGA